UGAAUCUUGUGUUAAACAUGAAACAGUCCAAAAGAAUUGUUUAAACAUAGUAUUAUUCAUUUAUAAAAAGUGCGAUUCAGAAUCUAAUGAAGUUACGAUGGAAAUUGAGGAACCAUUUACGCCGACAUGCGGUAUAAUCCAGAAAAUGAGUUACGGCUUGGGUCAUGUUUUAAAUGACCUUUGUGCUGCUAUGUGGUUCUCUUAUACUCUUUUUUAUCUCCAUGUAGUACUAAGUAUUCCUAGUACUACUGCUGGAACCUUGCUAAUGAUAGGACAAGUAAUCGAUUCUGUAGCUACUCCUCUGGCAGGAUGGGCCAUAGACCUUACAGGACACAGAAGGGCGUGGCAUUUUGGAGGAACUAUAGCAGUAGCUAUAGGGUUUUCAUUACUAUUCUCCAUAAAACCAACGGAACUAACGACGUCUAUAUUGGCCUACUAUAUUUUAAGUAUAUCGAUGUUCCAGAUUGGCUGGGCAGUGGUGCAGAUAUCGCAUCUUUCUAUUAUACCGGAGAUUUCGAGGAACCAUAGCCAUAGUUCAGACUUAACAGCCAUAAGAUACACCGCGUCAGUAACCUGUAGUAUAAUAGUUUAUCUAAUUACUUUGGUCGUUUUGCAAACCGAUGAUAAUUCUACAAUAGGACCACAGGAUUUUUAUAAGUUUAAGGAAAUAGCAUUAUUAAUAGUCUCCAUGGGAUUACUAACAUCCUUAUUCUUCUAUUGCGGACUUUUGGGUACCUACGAAACGGAAUAUGAAGUAAUAAGAGAAUCCGAUGACGUAAAUAACUUGAAUACUAAAAGUAACCGCCAUUUCUUAAGACAUUCUAUAAUUUAUUUGGUUGCUUUAAUGUACAUGGCUUCAAGAUUAUUUACUAUUCUUAACCUUAUUUACAUACCACUAUAUCUAGAUGAACGAGGGGCAACAGAAGUGGUAGAAAAAGAAAAGAUGCGUCAAAGGAUUGCAACAAUUCCAUUGGUGUCUUAUAUUGCUUCGUUUUUAAUGUCAUUGUUUCUUAAAUUUAAAGGCCAAUGCUUACCCGAUAAGCUUACCUAUUUGAUUGGUGGAACUGUUGGUAUAAUAUCUUCAAUAUGGCUUGGAGUAGGUAUAUCACCGAACUCGGAUUCUGAACUUUAUGCAAUUGCCACACUUCUAGGUAUAAGCGGAUCUUCAACGAUGGUUGCUAGCCUGUGUUUGACAGCUAAUUUUGUCAAAGCUAAUGGAUAUGGUGGAGGAUUGGUUUAUAGCAUUGUCACGUUUACUGACAAGCUUAUAUCUGGAGGAGUUGUCUUACUAGUUCAAAAUUUACAAUGUACCCCGAAAUCGUUGUGCCCUCACUACUACGAACAUGUCCUCUCAUAUAUUUGUGGAAUUGUUUCACUAAUUGGCAUUAUAUCCUUGCUGAUUUUGGAAUUAGAAAUUAAGAAAAAUGGAAUGAAAACUGAAAUAAAAGACUAAACCAAUAAAA